AAUUGCACAGGGUCUUUAAAGGUCUUGCGGAAGAACUGGUGGAUCUGGGAAAAAAAAGAUUUGUUGCAUUUUCCUCACUUUUUCCUUUGUGUGUCAUGCACAUUUUUCUCUUUUUUCUGUAGAAGAUUAUAAAGCACUACAAUCCAAAAUACAAAGAUGAGUGGUCCUUUGAUGCACUUCAGAAAUUCUUUGAGGUUAUCGAAGGUGAUGAGGGGAAAAGCCUCCCUCGCACGCUCAAAAGAAUGGCAGGGCUGGCACUUGAGCUGCCUGAGGUUUGCCCAAAGGGCAUUCCCCUGCUCCGGACAGGAAAGAGCCAUUCCAUCACUCUAUCCCAGAAGCAGAUUGCCUGCCUACUGGCCAAUGCUUUCUUCUGUACCUUCCCCUACCGAAACGCCACCAACCCCCAAGCCGAGUACGCCGAGUACCCCAGCAUCAACUUCCACAGCUUGUUCGGUAGAUGGUCAGAGCGGAAGAUGCAGAAGUUCAGGGCCAUUUUUCAUUACUUCCGGGUGGUGACAGGUGCAGAAAAAAAGGAAUGGAAGGUGCCUGAAGGCCUGGUAACCUUCAGCAGGGAGUACAUUUCAGAGUCGAGCAUACCAUCCUGGAAAAGGUGCUCAGAACAUCUGACUAUUGUCACAAUCUCCUCAGAGGGAACCAUUGAGGGGGAUGGGCAGGACAUGCUCCAGGUGGACUUUGCUUGUAGCCUGGUGGGUGGAGGGGUCCUGGCAUCCGGCCUGGUCCAAGAGGAGAUCCUCUUCCUGGUCCACCCUGAGCUGAUUGUGUCCAGGCUGUUCACAGAGAAACUAGGAGACACAGAAUGCCUCAGGAUCACAGGCGCCCAGCAGUACAGUGAAUAUUAUGGCUUCAAGGAUGAUUUUAUGUGGUUAGACCAUCAUGAGGACAAGACUGAAAGAGAUGAAUGGCUUCGGCGGAAAAGACAGAUUGUCGCCAUUGAUGCGCUGGACUUCAAAAACCCGAAAGACCAGUUCCAUAUGAAGAAGGUUGACCGAGAGCUCAAUAAGGCCUAUUGUGGGUUCACGGGAGACAGGGAAACACAUUUCUACUACCCUGCCAUCGCCACGGGCAACUGGGGCUGUGAGGUCUUCGGCGGAGACGUGCAACUCAAAGCUCUUAUCCAGAUGAUGGCUGCCGCUCUUGCUCAAAGGAAGAUGGCCUACUUCACGUUCGGUGACAAAGAGCUGGUACAGGAGCUCUGGCAGAUGCACCAUUUCCUGACCCUACGCAAGGUCACUGUGGGUCGCCUGUACAGGACGCUGGAUCAUUUCUGCCAUGCCUUAAACACAGGUAACCAGAGGGCCUCCGACCUGUACAACUAUAUCAGGACACCACCAGCUUGAUUUAAACUUGCUAAACCAGGUUCAUACAGCACCUCCCUGGAAACACUAACUAUGGAAAUCUGGGAUCUUUAAGAAUGAGCUUUUGCUUCUAUAUCCUGUCUAAUCGACUGUUUUAGUCUAAUCAACUAAGUUCCUUUGGACAAAAGUGUCAGCCAAAAUGACAUGACAUGUAAUGUAAUGUAAUGUUUCUGAAACCAGUGUUAAAUCUCUCAUAUAUCCCAAACCACUGUAUAAAGGCAUGGAUCUGAUGUACCAUUCACUGUUAAUUGCAUUUUGUUAAAUCAAAAUAAAAUCUACUUUUACCAA